AUAUAUUUGAGCCAUAUAGCAUUUUGGAUACGAAACAUUCUAUAUCCUCUUAUGUCAUAAUCAACCCAAAAGAAAUUAAAGAAUCCAUUCAUAAAGAUUCUCGUUUCUUUUUUGCCUUUGUGAAUUUUCGUUUCAUUUCUUCUGCAUUUACCUUUUAUUUCCUGCCAGUUUCAUCAAUUUCGAUCACCGUUUCUACCUCUAUAUAUAGCCAUAAGACUAUAUCGAAGUCUCCAAGCCACAUCUAUGUCUGGUUCUUUCCUUGGUUUGCCAAUCCUUCUCGAACCCAUCAAAACCAGGUACAAUCACAAGCCAUACAUAACUAUGACAACCUGUGUGGGCAGUCCAAGAACCGAAACCACACCACACCGUGGCUCAGAUCGGUCCCAUGGAGAAAAUUCCUUGUACAACUGCAUGGAAUUCUAUAGGCCCAGUUUUACAAAUCUUCUUUCAUGCACACCCUCUGGCCACAACCAAGAAAAACAAAAUCAAACACGCAGAAUCGUCGUCAAAGAAAUUGAAGAAGAGGAGAAAAAAUAUGAUUUGUGGAUGAAAAUGAAAGAGGAGGCUAGUAUAGAUGUACAGCAAGAACCAAUAUUGUCCAGUUACUAUUUCAGUUCGAUCCUGUCUCACAAUUCGUUGGAAAGUGCUCUGGCGAACCAUCUAUCAAUCAAGCUGAGCAAUUCUGUCAUUCCUGUGAAUACCCUUUUUGCCCUGUUUGUUGGUGUUUUCAUGGAAGAUGAAGAAAUCAUCGGAGCUAUAAAAGAUGAUCUGAAGGCCGUGAAAGAAAGGGACCCAGCAUGCAUGAGCUACGUGCACUGUUUCUUAAAUUUCAAAGGGUUUCUUGCAUGCCAAGCACAUAGGGCUGCACAUAAGCUAUGGUUACAAGGCAGGAAGGCUUCUGCUCUGUUGAUCCAAAACAGGAUUUCUGAGGUGUUUGCGGUGGACAUUCAUCCAGGGGCAAAGAUCGGACACGGGAUAUUGCUCAAUCAUGCAACGGGAAUUGUGAUCGGAGAGACGGUGGUGAUAGGAAAUAAUGUGUCAAUUCUGCAUAAUGUGACUUUGGGAGGGACUGGCAAGGAUGCUGGGGACAGGCACCCAAAGAUUGGAGAUGGGGUGUUGAUAGGGGCAGGGAGCAAUGUUUUAGGGAAUGUUAGGAUUGGCGAGGGUGCCAAGAUUGGGGCUGGUUCAGUGGUGUUGAAAGAAGUGCCACCAAGAACUACUGCAGUUGGGAGCCCUGCUAGACUGGUUGGAGGCAAGGCUAACCCAGUUAGGCUUCAUCAUAUUCCUAGUUUAAGCAUGGACCAUACUUCACACGUUGUUGAGUGGUCUGAUUAUGUUAUUUAGAGCCCCAUAUAUUUACAAUUUUUUUUCUUCCUCGGUAUUUGGGCCUUCUUUGUGUUGUAAGAGAACAGAAGUUCCCUCUCAAAUGAAAUCUCAGAAUACAUGUUUGUAAGAGAGCCUUAAUGGAGAGAAACACAAAUCCCCCUUUAGACAAUCUUACUGCUGUAGUGAGUUGAAGGCAACUCAAUAAGGCCUUGCCCAACCGUUUAGUCAGCUGUGCAAUUCCUGUUUCACUACAGUGUUUUGGAAUUUAGGUUCUUUCCUAUCAUAAGGUAGUAAGGUAUCCUCACCCUCUCGUUAUCUCACUGCCUCUGUCAGCAUGCUUGUAGCUUUCCCUGCUCCUCUAGCUAGCAGCUUCAGGUGGAAGCUGCAGAUUUCUAGUAUUUUUUUCAGUGUGGCUAACUGGCUAGCAUAAGCAAUUUCUUGACUGCUUAAGGCUUAAGCAGACUCAUGCGAGAACGUGGAGCACCGGUUUUGUGGGUAGAGCCGGAUCUAAAUGUUGGCUAGGUAAGCAUCUUGUAGUAAGAGGAGUAGUUAUGAACUCUAUAGACCAUCCUCGCGUUUUCAAUAAGGGUCACAUUAGCACUCCUUAAUGAAAACGGCCUAAUUAACGCAGGGAGAGUUAAAGAAGGAGAGAUCGUAUCAAUGGAGUGUGAUAUAUGGCAUGGAAAUUUAAUCGUUUAUUCAUUGAUUCCUAGAAGGGUUACUUGAGAGGAUGUCUGCUCUAGUUAAUUAGUAUCCUUCUUAGACAAGGGUUGCUAUGCUAAUUGUUGGUGGGAGAUCUAGAGGAUCAGAUUCUAAUGGCAUAUUUUCUGAUCACUGUUAGCUACAAUCAUAGUGAAAGCAGUGUGGAUUGAAUUUUAAUAAUCACUUGAAAAGAGAAGUUGAAUAUAUGUUAAUGUUGCUAA